AUGUUUGUGUCUAUGACACCACCUGUUACCGUGGAUGGAGAAGAAGAAUACGAGGUUGAAGGGAUCACAGACAUGGAAGAGAGGAACGGAAAGUGGUUUUUUAGGGUAAAAUGGAAGGGCUACGGAUCAGAGGAGAAUACCUGGGAACCAAGGGAAAACCUCAAAAACGCCAAAAAAAUCCUAGAAAAAUUUGAAAAAGAAAUGAAAAAGAAGGCCCUCGGCGCCGCCAAGGCCCUUAGAGGGGGGGCAGUGUCGUAG